UUGGGCCACAUAUUGCCAUUAAAUUGUAAAUACUUUGAAGCCUCUAUGAUGCAGAAAUAUCGUAGAUAUUAGUUUCACUGAUUUAUUUGUUUUCUCUGUGCACUAAGCGAGGAUAAGACAAACUCAAUGAAUGACAGACAUUCAGUCUACGAUAUACUUUAGUAUAAAAAUUUCCCAGAAGGACAGCCUCAAUGAAUACCACUCUAUUUCAUCCCUAUUCUAUCCUUCUUCUGGGAAUUCCUGGGCUGGAAAGUAUGCAUCUCUGGAUUGGAUUUCCUUUCUUUGUUGUGUUCCUGACAGCUGUCCUUGGGAAUAUCACCAUCCUUUUUAUGAUUCAGACUGAGAGUAGUCUCCAUCAGCCCAUGUUCUACUUCCUGGCCAUUCUGUCAUCUAUUGAUCUGGGUCUGUCUGCAUCCACCAUCCCUAAAAUGCUUGGCAUCUUCUGGUUUACCCCGAGAGAAAUCUCCUUUGAAGGAUGCCUUACCCAGAUAUUCUUCAUCCACUUGUGCACUGGCAUAGAAUCAGCUGUGCUUGUGGCCAUGGCCUAUGAUCGCUAUGUGGCCAUCUGUGACCCUCUUCACCACACGUUGGUGCUGACAAACAAGGUAGUGUCAGUUAUGGCACUGGCCAUCCUUCUGAGACCCUUAGCCUUUGCCUUACCGUUUGUUCUACUCAUCCUAAGGCUUCCAUUUUGUGGACACCAAGUUAUUCCUCACACUUACUGUGAGCACAUGGGCAUUGCCCGCUUGUCUUGUGCCAGCAUCAGGGUCAACAUCGUCUAUAGCUUAUGUACUAUCUCUAUCCUGGUCUUUGAUAUCAUAGCAAUUGUCAUUUCCUAUGUACAGAUCCUUCAUGCUGUAUUUUGACUUUCUUCACAUGAUGCAUGACUCAAGGCACUCAGCACCUGUGGUUCUCAUGUGUGUGUCAUGUUGAUUUUCUAUAUCCCUGCAUUUUUCUCAUUCAUGACCCAUAGGUUUGGUGAGAAUAUACCUCGCUUUAUCCACAUCCUUCUGGCUAAUUUCUAUGUAGUCAUUCCACCUGCUCUCAACCCUGUAAUUUAUAGUGUUAGAACAAAACAGAUUAGAGCACAAGUGCUGAAAAUGUUUUCCAAUAAAUAAAACAUAGCUCAUUUAUAAAUACCAGAUUAUUUGUCAAUAUCAUAAAUAAUCAUUUUUACAAUGAAAGUGGCACUAAUUUUCUAUGUUCAAAAUAAAAACAGAAUAUUUGGAAAGUAUUUAGGAGCAUCUUAGGGAAGGACUGAAAAUGGAAAUCGUUUGGCAGGUGCUACCCACAAAUGGAAAGUUAAGCUCA